CGUGAAAGAACAACGGCAGACGGCUGCUGCAGCGCCACUACGCUGUAGUAUUGACGCUAACCAUCAAAAUAAAUCAUAUGUUCCAGAAACGGAACGUAGACAGCCUGAAGAUGUUUUAUUCAAUGCAUUUUUCGGCUUUACUGUUUAUUUUCUUUAGUGUGUGCGUGUGUCAGGCACAGGAAGAUAGUGUUAUGGAGGAGAUUGUCACAGAGAAACAGGCGGAAGAAAGCCACCGACGGGAUAGUGUGAAUUUGUUGAUUUUCAUUUUUCUUUUGACACUGACUAUUUUGUCUAUUUGGCUUUUUAAGCAUCGCAGGUUCAGAUUCUUACAUGAGACAGGACUGGCAAUGAUUUAUGCUAUGAUUAGAGAUCAUGAAAGGAAAAGAGAUGAAUUGCAAAAAGAGAGAGAGGAAGUUGAUGAAUGUAUUAAAAAUGAUUUCAUAUUUACCAUAGCUUCUGAUAAUGACAAAUGUUACAAUGUUAGGAUAUGCAUUGAUGAAAAAUGUAAUGAACUUAUACAGAGAAAGUUGAAGAAACUUGAAAGGGAUAUUAAUGAAUAUAAAAAUCAUACAAACUGCCCACUACCUAGGGUGAACAAAAGAAAGGAGGGCGACAGUUUUAAUUAUGAAAAUGAAUGGAGGGGUGAUAAUCAUGAGGGGACACAUAUUAGUAAUAAUGUGGGUGAUCUGGACGAUUUUUCAGAAUAUCCCACAUUGCAAAGAUCAGAAAGCAUCCCAUACAAUGAAGGGAUGAGAAUGUUGGAAGAAAUUAUUUUUGAAGAUGGAGAACUCACUAGAAAUGAGCAGAUAGCAUGCUUGAAUUUAAUUGAUUUGAGACAUUUUUUUAGAAACCUGGGGUCCAUUCUUGCUUAUGCUUUUCUUGGAACUUCCAUUUCCUGCUUUGUAAUAGGUUUGAUCAUGUAUGGCUUUGUGAAGCUGAUGAAAGUUGUUGAGCAGCUUGAUGGUGACUUCUUUUUCACGGACUGCCUCUUCUUUGGUGCCAUUAUUUCUGCUACUGAUCCAGUGACUGUUCUUGCUAUAUUCAAUGAACUUCAAGUGGAUGUAGAUCUCUAUGCCGUUCUCUUUGGAGAAAGUGUCUUAAAUGAUGCAGUUGCUAUAGUGCUGUCUUCGUCAAUUGUAGCGUAUCAACCAGCUGGAGACAAUAGUCACACAUUUGAUGUAUUGGCUGUUCUCAAGUCUUUUGGGAUUUUCCUGGGAGUCUUCAGUGGAUCCUUCGCAUUGGGAGCUGCAACAGGAGUAGUUACUUCACUUGUCACAAAGUUUACUAAGCUACGAGAGUUCCAGCUGCUUGAAACAGCACUGUUUUUCUUGAUGUCUUGGAGUACUUUCCUGUUAGCUGAAGCUUGUGGUUUUACAGGUGUGGUAGCUGUACUGUUUUGUGGAAUUACGCAGGCACAUUAUACAUUCAACAAUUUGUCAUUGGAAUCACAGGACAGAACUAAGCAGCUGUUUGAACUUUUGAAUUUCCUGGCUGAAAACUUCAUUUUUUCCUACAUGGGAUUGACACUGUUCACCUUCCAGAAUCAUGUAUUCAACCCAACAUUCAUUGUGGGAGGUUUUCUCGCUGUGUUUUUGGGGAGAGCAGCUAACAUUUACCCACUGUCGUUCUUGCUUAAUUUGGGUCGACGCAACAAGAUUGGAGCAAAUUUCCAACACAUGAUGAUGUUUGCAGGUUUAAGAGGUGCUAUGGCGUUUGCUUUGGCAAUUCGAGAUACUGCCACUUAUGCACGGCAGAUGAUGUUCAGCACAACACUUCUCAUUGUGUUUUUUACAGUCUGGGUGUUUGGUGGUGGAACUACAGCAAUGCUGUCCUGUUUACGAAUCAGGGUUGGGGUUGAUGCAGAUCAUGAACACUUGGGUGUACCAGAAGGAGAGAGGAGGAGUACAAAAUCGGAAAGUGCGUGGGUGUUCAGAUUGUGGUACAACUUUGAUCAUAACUAUUUAAAACCUAUCCUGACACACAGUGGCCCACCACUGACAGCUACACUGCCAGGUUGCUGUGGACCAUUAGCAAGAUGUCUCACUAGCCCUCAGGCAUAUGAGAAUCAGGAACAACUGAAAGAUGAUGAUUCAAAUCUAAUCCUGAAUGAUGGGGACAUUGGCCUGACUUACGGAGAUACUACCAUAACAACUGAUUCUACCAACUCUGGAAUCUCUAGGAGGCAUGUAGGAAACAAUUCAGAAGAUGCAGUGGAUCGAGAACUUACCUUUGGGGAUCAUGAACUUGUUAUAAGGGGAACACGUUUGGUUCUUCCCAUGGACGAUUCUGAACCACCCUUAAAUAUUCCAUUUAGUUCAAAGCAGGGAUCAGUGUAAGUCUGAAUUAUUACACUGAGCUUAGUUCUGUAUGAAGAAUGGAGUCUGUGCUACCAACAGUGCAAUGCAUGUCUCAAUGUUAGUGUUUCAUAAAUAUUUAUCAGUUUUGAAGAGCAUAAAUAUUUAUUCACAUUGAGACUAGAAACAUUACGAAUGUUAACAUAUUUCACUUGAAGGUGAUGCGAACAUUGGAGCUCUUACAGAAAUACAUUGUGGCUCGCUUCUUUUCCUAAAUUGCAAAAAGGUGAUGUGGGCUUCCAUUCGUUGGUAUUUUCCACUAGUCUACAACUGGGUUUUUGAAGACAUCACUUUUAUUGAGGGCUUAUUAUAGGGUAAGCUCUAACAUAUAGUGAUUUGUGAUAGUAUGACCCGACAUGUCUUUUGUUUAGAGCUUGGUUCAUUUAUUUUUGCUUUUUCAUCUCACUGUUUUCUUCAGCCAUCACAUGAAACAGUUAAUAGCUGUAAGCCUUAAAGAACUUUUAAGACAGAUUACGUUGUGCAGCCAGGUACUGAUCAUGAUUAACCUUGUUCUUUUUUUGUUUCUAUUAGGAAGCUGAAAUAGUAGCACCAAGGGAAGUUACUUCACAGACAUCAGGUCUGUUAGAUAAUUAACUUUGUUUGUGUUGCAGGUUUACACCUCUGUCUUUAAAGAUAACUGUAGCAUUUAGACAUAUCUAUUAGUGUGUCUGGCUCUAGUAUUCCCUUAAAGAGGGUUUGAUCAGGAAUUUCUACCAUUGUAUAGUUUGGAUGGAGGUAUAGGCAUAGUGUGUUCCACCAUUUUGUAGUUCUGAUGGGGGUAUAGGCAUAGUGUUUGAAUGGUACUAAAGAACUAGUAGUGCAGGCCACUAACUUUUCUGGUUCUUUGAGCCAGUGGUAUCACUGACCGUCCAUUGGUGUAUUUGUUUGCAAUUGUCAGCAUCUGUUCCUUAUAUA